AGACCAGGAAGACCUCCCAAACGAACGCAGAGUGUGACCUCACCGGAGAAUCCCCAUAUUAUGCCCCACAGUGUGCCUGGCCUAAUGUCUCCUGGGAUGAUCCCACCCACAGGUCUGACAGCAGCGGCCGCAGCAGCCGCGGCUGCUACCAAUGCGGCAAUAGCUGAAGCAAUGAAGGUUAAGAAAAUCAAGUUGGAAGCUAUGAGCAACUACCACAGCAGCAAUACACAGCAUGGUGCAGACUCUGACAAUGGCGAUCUCAGUUCAAGUGUUGAUGCAGUUCUGCCUUUGUCCUCAAGAUGGGGACAGAGAGGGCUAAAAUGGAGCAGUGAUGGUUCUUGGGAGAAAGAAAAACUUCAGUCUCUCCCAACCCAAGGAUCACAAGCCUCUGUUAACCAUGCCACCUUGCCUGGACAGCAUAACCUUCCAGUUACUUAUCCUCUCAACUCUCUACAACAGAAUCACCUUCUGCCAAAUGGUACGACAUGCUGCCAUUCAUCCCUCAUACGACAACAAUUAAUAUCAGGUCUGGAACUUCCUUUCAUGAUGAUGCCCCAUCCACUAAUUCCUGUAAGCCUACCUCCAGCCUCUGUUACCAUGGCAAUGAGCCAGAUGAACCACCUCAAUACCAUUGCAAGUAUGGCUGCAGCUGCACAAGUACAAAGUCCACCAUCCAGGGUUGAAACGUCUGUAAUAAAGGAACGAGUUCCAGAUAGUCCAUCUCCUGCACCUUCUCUAGAAGAUGGCCGAAGACCAGGCAGCCACCCUUCAUCUCACAGAAGCAGUAGUGUUUCUAGUUCUCCAGCGCGAACUGAAAGUUCAUCGGAUAGAAUUCGUAUGUCAUAUACUUCUAUACAUUUCCAAACUAUCCAUCAAAAUGGCCUCUCUAUGAAUCAGAUGUUGAUGGGGUUGUCUCCAAACAUUAUACCAGGUCCAAAAGAAGGGGAUCUUGCUGGUCAUGAAGCAGGACAUGAGGCAAAAAGGAUACAUCUGGAGAAAGAUGAGACCCCGCUCUCAACACCAACUGCGAGAGACAGCUUUGACAAACUCUCUCUGUCUGGACACGGGCAACCGCUACCUCCUGGUUUUCCAUCUCCCUUUCUUUUUCCUGAUGGGCUGUCUUCCAUAGAGACACUUCUCACUAAUAUCCAGGGUUUGUUAAAGGUGGCAAUAGAUAAUGCAAGAGCGCAAGAGAAACAGGUACAAAUGGAAAAGACAGAGUUAAAGAUGGAGCUAUUCAGGGAACGAGAAUUGAGGGAAACUCUAGAAAAACAAUUAGCAGUAGAACAAAAGAACAGAGCAAUAAUUCAAAAAAGACUGAAGAAAGAAAAGAAGGCAAAAAGGAAAUUGCAAGAAGCUUUGGAAUUUGAGACAAAACGAAGAGAGCAAGCUGAGCAGGCACUCAAACAAGCAGCAUCAUCAGAAGGACUCAGGGUCCUUAAUGAGGCUUUGACCCCGGAGAUGGAAUCUGACCGCAAUGGGGCCAGAACAGAUGCUGAAAGGACAAUACAAGAUGGAAGACUGUAUUUAAAGACUAGUGUCAUGUACUGAAGACACAUAUGCAACAGCUGAAGACUCUGUAGGAACAUUCUGCAAAAUGAUUGCAAAGUCUGAAGGAUGUAAAUGCUUUGCAAGUAAAAACAUUUCAUUUCUGUACAAAUGUUCCUCGAAUAUACAGCAUUGUCAGACUGGUGACCUGUGACUACUGGAGAGUCUGAAAGGUUUAAUAACCGGUAGCACUCUACUUGUUGGACUUCUUGUGAGAUUUCUACUGCAAUUCUGUAAAGACUAACUACCAACCACCAAGACCCACCGUUCUUCUAUCGUGUUUUUAAAGGAACUUGUAUAUUUCUUUAACUGAGCACACUAGAACUUUCCAGCUGAGUCCACUGAGUAUCUGAAACAUUUUUCACAUAUAAACCAGCAGUGAUGGUUUCAUAGGAAGAUUCUUUAAAGGGCAUGCACUAAAAUGGAAAAUCAAGAAAAAAAAAUAGGACUGAUACAAAAAUUUAUACAUAGUAUGUUUUCUUCGUAACACCUUUAUCGUACCAUGGAAAACACCUGCUCUUGCAAACUGAACUACUGUAUUUAACAAAAUGAACUCUUUUUGCUGAAUGUAAACUAAUGACUUUGUGUUCUUGAGCCUCUUGUCCAGAAUCAACCAAACAAUGAGUAUAACUUUUUUCUUCACCACCGUGAGGAUCAGGAUAAUUUGUCUAUUUGUGUUGCAGGCCACGUGUACAUAGACACAGUCACGCAGAAGGUAUUAUGUAUGCAGUAGACUACUAGUGAUUAGGAAGAUAAUUUUAGACAAUAUGUUUUGUCACUCUGUUGGUUCUUAAGAAGCCUUUAUAGUUUUAACGCAUGCAGGCAUGUACAUAUUUGUCCUGAAGUCACAGUAUUAAUUCAAAAAUUUUAGAAUCUGGUGGAGAGAAGAAUAAAUGUCAGCCAGAUUUAUUUGUAUAUUAAGUCAUUAAAGCCCUGAAACAUAACUCAUAGGGUUGGUAUCUGGCCGAUGAGUAAGUCGAGACACCGGACAUAUUUUUAUAGAAUUCUUUUAAUUUUAAAGUUCUUAAAAAAACCUUGAACACUUGAUAUAAUUCCACUGAUACUGAGUAUUGACUUGACAGGCCACUGUCAACCCACUACUGUAUGGUAUGAUCACUGCCCAUCUUCUUAUUAUAGCUGUACAUUGUAGUGUUAAAGGGAGAUAUAUUUUGUCUUUUUUUUUAUGUGUUAACUGAAACUGCAUAUUUUCAUCAUAAGUAACUGGAAAAAGUAUCAAUACAUAAUAUUAGGAAGCCAAACUACAUAGAUUUCACAUAAUUUUCUAAUUUCUGUGUACCCCUUUAAAGACUGAACUCAUAAAUUAGUCCAAUAAAAGUGUACAAAUUUUGGUUUCUACACAUAUCUAGUUUUAUGCACAUAAAAUGUAAUUUAUUUUGUUAUAACACAUUAAAAGUUGUUUUUAAUGUUAUUUCUGUAACAUUUCAUUUCAACCUGGUAAUAAGUAUUGUUUGUGGUUAAAACAACUGGAGCUUGUAAAGUCUUCCAUAUUGUACUCCCAACAUAACUUUUCUGUGAAAGAACCUGAACUAUACAUUUCAAUUCACGCUGUAAUUUUUAAAUAAAAUAUUGUAUAUACAAUUUCACAUCCUUUUUAUGAACCAAGCAAUA